CCCGAGUCUCGGUACGGAGUACCGCCACGUACUUUCGUCGCAGACCUCCGAUCCCCAAGGCAAGAAACCCUCCAUUAACUCUUUCAACAGUAUUCCAGCCGCAGAUAUCUUAACUCUUGCAAGCCAAGCCAUUUGCCAUGAUGUUCGACGCCGUCGUUGUUGGGAGUGGUGCUGCUGGAAUAGCCACUGUUGGCAACAUCCUUGAUUGCCAUGAGUCCGCAAGUAUACUAUGGAUCGACCCGGAGUUCAAAGGAGGCAGAAUCACCAAGAAGUACCUGGAUGUGUCGAGCAACACCAAGGUUGCGGUGUUCCUGCAGUUCGCCCACGCUCUCGAACCCUUCCGUGAGAUCGUCCGCUCAACACCAAAGCCGAACGCCGUUCACGUCCUAGAAUGUCUUGACACGAAUGCAGGAUGUGAUCUGCAAUAUGCAUCCAACAUGUUGUUGAUGCUGACCGAAGGCCUGAAGAAGCUCCCUAAUGUGCAGCCAUUGGUUGGCACUGUCGUUGAAGCCAACUUGGAUAGUCAGUCGUCCGUCUGGGCGAUCCAGGUACAAGACGAGGAGUCAUCAUCCAUCAUUCAUGACAUUUGUGCGCGAAAGCUUGUCCUUUGCACAGGUUCUUCUCCGUCGGCCUGCGAUUUUGGACCCGCGGGGUCGUCGUUGACGCCAAUCCAUCUUGAUGUCGCCCUCGACCGACCGAGCCUUCGACACGAGUUACCUGCCGACAAAGCCAUCACCGUUGCUGUGGUUGGCUCAUCGCACAGCGCCAUCGUGCUGAUCAUCAACCUGUACGAAUUGGCAACAAGGACUCAUCCGCAUCUCAGAAUCAAGUGGUUCUGUCGGCGGCCACUGCAAUAUGCGGUGCCGAUGCCGGACGGCCGCAUUGUUCGCGAUAACACUGGCCUCAAAGGCAGAUCUGCUGACUUUGCCCGCAAUCACCUGGAAGACGACAAGCUAAGAAGCUCACCUGUAGCCCAAUAUCUCCAGAAAUUCGACUGCUCCGUCGACGAAGACGAGGUAUACCGGAACAACUUACCUCAAUGCACGCACAUCGUGCAAGCCAUCGGAUUCACGCGUGACCCCCUUCCUCCAAUACGCUUAGACGACAGGCUCCUUGAGAAGCUUGCAUAUGACAAUCGAACUGGCUUGUUCCAAGACUAUGCAGGUCGUCGCGUCCCAGGCUUGUGCGGCGCCGGAAUUGCAUUCCCAGAAAAGGUCAUCGAUCCAGCCGGGAACACUGAGUAUGCGGUUGGCUUCUGGAAGUUUAUGAAGUACCUCAGACGUGUGGUCCCGGAACAUUGGGGUAUCAGCAAAGACUGCUGGCAGGAGGAGCCGAGCUCGAGCGAUCUAUUGGUGUAGAUCGCCAGGGCAAGAAGCCACCCAUUUACUGAAGAUAUUUCAGGCGUGGAACGAAGGGGUUGCACCUUUUCAGGGAAGAGGCCGAUCUUGUUCUCGGUACGCCCUUCUUCUGAGGACACGAGAGGACACGAGAGG